GUCAUAAUAAAAAAUGGUUUAGCAAAUGUAGAUUUUUUCCUAUUUAACCACCAUUUCAGUCAAGCCAUUAAUCCUCAGCCUUCUUUUUCUUCCUACCAAUUUCCUCUUCAUUCACCGUUCCAUUUUCCGGUCAUGGUGGCUCCCUACGUGUCACGACUGAUACUGAUCUUGAGCUUCCUAGCUGGCACCUCUGUUCACCAGAACACACUAUCAGCCGCCGCAGACGACCAAGCAUUGUCUUACAUAGAGUUUGGCGAAUCCUCCGGCAGGCUUUCCACCGAAGCUUGUGUCUUUGCCGCCGUGAAAGAAGUCGUGGACGCCGCCAUAGACGCGGAGGCUCGCAUGGGCGCUUCCCUCAUCCGUCUCCAUUUCCACGACUGCUUUGUAGACGGAUGUGACGGUGGGAUCUUGCUGAACGACACCGCAAGCUUCACAGGGGAACAGGGUGCAGCGCCGAACAAUGGCUCAGUGAGAGGGUUCAGCGUGAUCGAGCAAGCCAAACAGAACGCCAAAACUAAGUGCUCCGACACGCCCGUUUCUUGUGCCGAUGUCUUGGCUCUUGCAGCUCGUGAUUCCUAUGCCAAAUUUACAAAUCAAACCUACAACGUAACCUUAGGUAGGCGUGAUGCACGGACGGCGAAUUUAACCGGAGCUAACACCCAACUUCCGGCGCCGUUCGACAACCUCACCGUCCAAAUCCAGAAGUUUGCGGAUAAAAACUUCACCCAGAGAGAGAUGGUGGCCCUCGCCGGAGCACACACGAUUGGAGUUUCCCGGUGUGCUCUUUUGUGCCAGAGCGGUAAUCUCAACCCCAACAGAACCGCCACCCUGCAAUGCAACUGUACCUCCACCGGAACCGCCGUGGUUGGCCUGGACCCCACACCCACAACCUUCGACCAGAGAUACUAUGAGCAGUUAGGCAGAGGUCAAGGGCUUCUGUUUUCCGACUCAGAGCUGAUGCGCAGCAACACAACUGUCUCCGCCGUGACGAGGUACAGGGAUGUCACCGGCGCAUUCCUCGCCGACUUCGCCGCCGCCAUGGUCAAGAUGAGCAACUUGCCGCGCUCCUCCGCCGGGCAGUUCGAAAUUCGCGACGUUUGCAGCCGGGUCAACACAAACUCUGUUGAGUCUAUGUAGAUGCAUGGGUUCAAUCUUUUCACUGAAUGUCAGUUUUUAAAUUUGAAUGUGAAAUAAGGAUUUGGAUGUGGAAAAAUGAUUAAAAAAAGUGCUACUUGUACCGGAUUAAUUACACGCCUGUUUACACCAAUUACACGUCAAGUGUAUUUUGUCUGUGCAUUGGCAAUUCAUUUUCACUUUAAUUUGUCUAAUGAAGGAAAUUGUUUGUGACUCCAGAAAUGUGAAACGAAUUGCAGUCUGCACAAAUGAUUAGAGGUCACACACAAUUGCUUUCGUUAGCUAAAAUGAAAAUUAAUUGUCUGUGCACCGACAAAAUACACUUGACGUGUAGACAAGUGUGUAAACCGGCGUGUAUAACUGUAUAAGUAGCAUUUUUAAAAAAUGAUACCCCUCUCCAUUGCAAAGUUUAGACUACAGUAUGAUGCAGGCGGAGCUCGAGUUCAGCUUAGAUAGAGUUGAAAAAAUAUUACAGUAUUUAAAUUUAAUUUAUGUUCAAGUUUUAUUUUUAAUUUAAUAAUGGUAUAUGUUUAAAUUUUUCAUCAUUUGCAAUGGAGCCAAAGAUUUAUUAUUUUUUGGCUUGAAAAUAUGAUGGAAUAAAGUAAAAUGGCU